AUGGUAUUAGAAUUUGAAUUUGAAUUUGAAUUAGAAUUAGAAUUAUAAACCACAUUUUGAAAUACAUUUGAAAAGAUGGUCAUCUCCUCCGCUCUAAAGCAUUCAUGCCUCCUUGCAUAGCUUAGCUUUUUUAUCGCAAUUGCUCUUCAGGUUCUAAUUAAUUUUGCAAGAUGAAGAACAAAUCAACAAAAAUGAUGAAGAACAAAUCAGCGAAAUCAGAAACUCAAUUCCCGAAUCUUCCUGACCAUCUCAUUGUAGAGCAAAUUCUGCCAAGACUCCCGGUAAAAUCCCUAAUUCGCUUCAAAUCUGUUUCCAAAUAUUGGCUUUCCACUAUUUCCAGCCAUAAAUUCGCAAAACUCCACCUUGAAUUCUCGUCUUCGAACACUAGAUCUCUCAUACUUCAGGAGCUAUAUAAAUCUGGAAAAUCUUAUGGCUAUUAUUUAUCCUUUGAUGAAUGCUACAAUUUCAAAGAAUUUGUUAAAUUGGAGGAUAAAUUUCCGAUUUUUAAACUGCGGAAUUGUUAUUCAACUCCCGAUUCUACUUAUGUGGUGGAUUCCUAUAAUGGCAUUGUGUGCAUGUAUAACGAUCAGUUGCGCUUCUAUCUGUGGAACCCUGCUACGAACCAAUGCCACAACACUUACCGUCCUGCUUUGGGUUAUGAGCGUCCUGAUGAGGUUAUUGGUCUUGGGUUCGGUUACAUAUCUUCCCUUGAUGAUUACAGGAUAGGAUGUGUAAUGAUAUGUGAUAAGGAAUUGUGGCAUGUUUAUGUUUAUUCCUUGAGGAUUGGGAAAUGGAAAGAAACAUCUUGUUUAAAUGGGGAUUAUUAUUUUCCAAUAGAUCGAGGAGAUUUCUCGGUGUUAGUUGAUGAUACUUUGUAUUGGCCUCCCACAGUUCCAAGGCACGAGAAUGAGAAAAGCUACAUUGUGGGGUUGAAUUUAGUAAGUGGGAAAUUGAAGAAAACUCCAUUGACGGUUGUGCUUACGGGUUAUGACUAUGCUAAGGUUUUGGGGACGAAAGGGUAUUUGUCAUUGUGUUGUGUUAAAUAUGAGAAAUGUUCUCUAUGUGUUUAUGAUGUUUGGAUGUUGAAACAACACGAUGACUGGAAUUCUUGGGAGAAAACAUUCUCUAUCAAUAUGAAAGACACGGAAUUGUUUUAUUCAUUUGAGACGGGAAAGUGUUUGUUAAGUAUGGAAACUGAAGACAAAUUUCAGAUUGUACUACAUGAUCCUAGUCAGGUAGCAGCUCUAGAACAAUAUGAAGAAGGUGCUUUUGUUUGGCAAGGAUCUAAGAACAGUAAGUUCUUUCGCUAUUUUAUAGGAGACGCGUGGGGUUAUGUUGAGAGUCUCAUUUCGCCUUUUGGGACAACCGUGUCUGGUGAAUGAAUAUGAAUAUUCCCAUAUGACUACUUCAUAUGAGACUAGAGGUCUAGAGUAAGAGUUGAGUCAGAGGCAUAGGAGCCAAAGCAUUCAGUUCGCUUUGGUACCUGGCUUUUUUGUGUUGCUUUUGUCCCCUGUUUUAUGCUACGCGUAAUAUUCAGUUGCUGAACUCUGAUAGUCUAAGGCUUGAUGCUCCAUGAACACAGUUCAUAUUUUUCUGAAUGUUUGGUCUAUUUUCUUUGUUACCUUGAACUCUUGUAGUAGUAAUACUGUAAUAAGUAUCUUUUGCUUCGGUUUGCUGUAAAACUUACUAUUGGUACUUAAAUCAUUUUGUUU